UAAUCCCAACCCACUGAACAACUUACAACAAAAAAAUCACUACACGAUACCCUAACACCCAACACCCAACACCCAACAUUUUCUCGAAUUUGUUGAACGACAAACCGUUGUCGUUCAUACAAUAACUAACUUCUCAAAUAUCAUAAUGUCCUCUUCCACUUCUACCUCAACUCCCACUCCAAAAACCGUCCCCGUGGCACCCAAACCCGAACCUGUCAAAGAAAAAUCUCCAGUUCCUGUGGUUCCACCUAAAGUAAUCGAAGAACAAGAUGUUGAUGAAAGGGUAAAGCUUUUCUUUGCGCAUCCUCCAACACCCAGUUUACACAUCAGAGAGUGAGAGAACUGACUCGGCGCAAAACAGAGUGAUGACGGUUCCGUUGGUCCACCAGAUCUCGGUGAUAAUAUCGAUGCGGCUACCUUUGAGCAAAUUCUAGAGAUGGAUGAUGAUGAAGAUGAACGAGAGUUCAGUCGUUCGAUCGUUUUUGGUUUCUUUGAACAGGCCGAACAAACUUUUACUAAAAUGGAUGAUGCACUGUAAGUGGGGCACGUGUGUUUGUGUGUCGCUCGAUGGAUAUGAUAUAUUUCAAGAAGAUGGCCCAUCUGCGGACACAGAUAUGAAUACAGAUACUGACAAUGUGCAGUGAGGAAGGCGACCUGGCAACACUCUCUUCCCUCGGUCAUUUCCUAAAGGGAUCCUCGGCAACGUUAGGAUUGACAAAGGUCAAGGAUAGCUGUGAAAAGAUUCAACAUUAUGGACAGAAGAAAGAUGAGGCUGGCACAACCGAUGAACCCGAUGAGAAGAAAUGCUUAGAGAGGAUUAAAGAAACAUUGGUAUCGGUAAAGGAGGAGUACGAGGAGGUUGAGAAGGUCUUGAAGAAGUUUUAUGCCACUUGAAGGAUGGUCGUAUACACACAUACCCCCGAAAAAAACACCAUGAUGGAGGAUCGUUUUCGUGCUUGAGGCUUUCUGAUCUGGCAGAAGCAACCAAAAGUAUUGCCCUAUCGAAGCUCUUGUGACGACAUUGAAGUUCAUGCACGAGCAAUGUACUUUUCUUACAAAACAAAGCUCCUCAUAGCUCAGGCGUCUCGGAUUGCAUUCACAUAC